AUGGUCGGGGAAAUGGAAACGAAGGAGAAGCCCAAGCCGACCCCAGAUUACCUGAUGCAGCUGAUGAACGACAAGAAGCUUAUGAGCAGCCUGCCCAACUUCUGUGGGAUCUUCAACCACCUCGAGCGGCUGCUGGACGAAGCACUUGAGGGUGUAUUUUUGACCUUAGAAAUUAGCAGAGUACGCAAAGACAUGUAUAAUGACACGUUAAAUGGGAGUACAGAGAAAAGGAGUGCAGAGCUCCCUGAUGCUGUGGGACCUAUUGUUCAGUUACAAGAGAAACUCUACGUGCCUGUAAAAGAAUACCCCGAUUUUAACUUUGUUGGAAGAAUCCUUGGGCCCAGAGGACUAACAGCUAAACAACUUGAGGCAGAAACAGGAUGCAAAAUAAUGGUCCGAGGCAAAGGAUCAAUGAGGGAUAAGAAGAAGGAGGAACAAAACAGAGGCAAACCCAAUUGGGAGCACCUAAAUGAAGAUUUACAUGUACUAAUCACUGUGGAAGAUGCUCAGAAUAGAGCAGAAAUCAAACUUAAGAGAGCUGUUGAAGAAGUAAAAAAAUUAUUGGUACCUGCAGCAGAAGGGGAAGACAGCCUUAAGAAGAUGCAGCUGAUGGAACUUGCAAUUCUGAAUGGCACCUACAGAGAUGCCAACAUUAAAUCACCAGCCCUUGCCUUUUCUCUUGCAGCAACAGCCCAGGCUCCAAGGAUUAUUACUGGGCCUGCGCCUGUUCUCCCACCAGCUGCCCUGCGUACUCCUACGCCAGCUGGCCCUACCAUAAUGCCUUUGAUCAGACAAAUACAGACCGCUGUCAUGCCAAACGGAACUCCUCACCCAACUGCUGCAAUAGUUCCUCCAGGACCUGAGGCUGGUUUAAUUUACACACCCUACGAGUACCCUUACACACUGGCACCAGCUACAUCAAUCCUUGAGUAUCCUAUUGAACCUAGUGGUGUAUUAGAGUGGAUUGAAAUGCCAGUCAUGCCUGAUAUUUCAGCCCAUUGACUUGCUGGAUGAAGGACUAGAAUACAGCAGCCGUUAUAACACGACCAGUCAAUGUGGAACAAACUCUUUGAAUGCAACCAUUUUGUUUUACCAAACAUAAUCUGAAUAAUUUUUCUUGGUAUUUUUUUGUUUUUGUUUUUCUUGAAUUGUAUAUGACUAUGGUGCUGCAUGCAUGCUGUUGAUUAAUAGGAAUUUGAUCUUUAAAGGUUUUUUUUUCCAGCAUUAGUAUUGAUUGCAAAAUUCUGAAAGUCUAAUGAUCACUGGACACUUAAGAUUCAGUCAUUAGCUUGUUAUAAAGACAAAUUGCUAAAUAUGUGAAGACAAGAUGCUCUGUAUGUUAUCUGUGUGUACGUGCACAAAUGUGCCUUUUGUUUUAAAAAACUUUUUUUUAUUGUACGUAUGUUUUCAAUUCAUUACUAAAUCAUUGUAUAAAAUAACUUACUGGUCAUAAUCACACCACAGAGCUGUUCAUAAGAGGCUUAUUUCUAUUGCAAAUUUCUUGAAGCAUUUUUUAAAAUAACAUGUAACAUUUUUUAACCCAUUUAAAGUUAUUCUUUUUCAUUAAUAUCUUGCCCUAUAAUUCCAUGCAUGCUCUUUUUCUACCCAGAACUCCUCUCUGCUGGCACCCACAGCAUCUGUUAAUUUAAAAACAAAACAAAACAAAAAAAACUUUUCUCAUUGUGGGCUUUCCUGCAGGAGUGUAGCUCUUAGACACCCACUAUUGUUCUAGCAGUUGAGAAAGAUAGGCAUGAUUCGUUCAUGUAGAGUCUACUUUUAUGUGACUAGAUCAUCUAAAGUAAAGAAUUAUAACAAAAUUAUUUUACUGCUUAGAAAUAGCAAAGGAAGGGUAGUAAAUACAAUUUCUAAUUUAGAGCAAAUUAGGUUGUAUUCUUUGGGAAUUAGAUUGGGAUUGGAGUUUGUUUUGGCUUUUUUUUUUAUUAUUUCAAAUAAAACUGAAACAAGUUGCUCAUUUUAUUAUUCUCACUUGAUUGGCAUAUACAAGUAAAUGAAAACUCUCAACAUAGUUAAUAUGGAAUUACUUGUUUUAGUUCAUACUUUGCCAUCUAAGCAGUAAAACACAUUGGAGGGAACCAGUAAACUUUUAAAUUAUUGCUGAGUUUUAACCUAUAUGCACACAGAUAACAUGCAUGUAUAUCAAUUUUUGCGUUAAAAUACUUCAAAAGUAAGCAGUGCCCUUCAAAACAGAUGCAGACAUGUGUGUUGGUGGUAGUGAGGAGAUUGGUAGUAGCAUCGCAUCAGAUCUUCAUUGAUGACUAAUUUUUAAUUCCCUUCCUUUUAUCUUUAGGUAUGGCUUUCCCAACGAAAGGCUAAGAAAUUCAAGAACGGUCUUAACUGAACCCUCAUCAGAUCUGAAUUUAACAAAUGCUUAGUUUCAGCAGCCUUGGAAAAAAAAAAAAAAGCUUAGCCUAGCAGUCAGUGACUUACUUGCACUUUUUGCACAUAGAUAUAAAAUAAAAUUAUGCUAAUUAAUUUGGUUUAGUCUGUACUCUGAAAAAGUAGUUGUAAUUUAUAAAGGAGUGUAUAGUAGUAAACUGACUGCUAAGUGUUCUAUACUGUUUGCUUUACUAAUCACCUAAUUCAUUGCAGUUCAUACUUAUUGACUCAAAGUUUAAAACCACAACCUAUAGGCUUUAAGAGUUGCUUUUAAACUUUUCUAAAUGGUAGAAACUGGAAGUGGUCUUAAGGAUAGCAUAUAAUUGUCAGUAUUAAAUAUGGCAUUAUUUAAUUAGUCCUGCUCCAAGAAAGGCACUUCAGUGAAUAUGUGACUAGUAAAGCUUAAAUGUGCUUGGGUCUAAUAGAUUUCAUGAAAUACUGUAAUUUGGGAAUCACAAAUGAAUGGAUAAAACAGGUUAAGGCCAGAAUGUUUGAAAUGAAUGCAAUAUUAGUAUACACAGAUAUAUUCUACAUAUUAUGAUUAAGUUUAAAACUACUGUGCCUUAAUUUGUUUCUUUCUUUCCUAAAAUGAAUUUUUGUAGUAAAUGAAAAUCCUUUUUGAUAAACCUGCUGUUACAAUGUUUGUUUUGGGGUUGAUGGGUGUUUUGUUUUGUUUUUCCAUUUUGGGUUGUGUUUUAUUUUUGGUGGUGUUUUUUUUGUUUGUUUGUUUUACCUUUUUUUUUUUAAUGAAUGUCUUCUAACUUUGUCUUGGUAAUUGCAAUUUAACUAGGUGCGGUGGCUACUAAGGUUCGAAGGCACGAUAUGCGUGUCCAUCCUUACCAAAGGAUUGUGACCGCAGACCGAGGUUAGUUUAGUUAUGCAGUUCUUGUGUAUAAGAAAUGCGUUGGAUAUACAUGAAAUUUGCAACACCAUGCCUAUCAGAGAAGUGUUUUGAUUUUUUGUUUUGGGGUGUUUUGUUUUUAUUUUUUUGGCACACUUCUGCUUUCCCCACAAAUCUAAAAUAAUUUGUAGUGUUAAAAGACAUUUAUUUUAAAACAUGUUUUGGCUCUUCCCAUCUUUAAACAUACUGAAUCAUGUAAGAAUAUCUAAUGUGAAGUGAUUUCUAAUAUCUAGCAAUAUACAAAUAAAUCAUUAGUUGGAGCUGUUAAAAUUUAAAUGCUCCCAUUUAUUUGUAAGCACAUACAUCAUUUUUUUUAAUUACCAUUUAAUUGACUCAAGUAUCUAUCUGUGUGGUGUUGCAAAAUAAAAGUGGUUGAAUGGGUACUUUAAUGAGCGAAGAGGUAAAGGAUCUUAUUCCUUACAAGUAUUUUUGGAGAAAACUGAAGAUUUAGUUUCCAUUUUCCCUUUGCAAUAAAAAAUGUUCGAACCACUGCAUAACUAUGAGGAAGUGCUUGUUGAGUACCUAACUGAAGUCAGCAAAGUAAGGACUGUGAAGAUAGUACUAAACAAGGUAGUGGGAUUUAUAUGAAUCAGUAAAAGCUGUUUUCUUUUACUUUUUCAUUCUCUUGCUAAAAUGGAACCUUUGAUACCUGUCAUUUGCUGCUAAAACACAUUAUCUGAAGGUAAAAUACUUUUAAAGAACUUUUGAAGUUCUGCAGUGAAAUUAGAUCUAGUUAUUUGGAUAUCCCUGAUGGCUAAACUUUGGAAAAUAAGUCUUCAUUUUUCUCCUUUUCAUCAUUAUAAGUUGCCACCUUAUGGUACCUUGGACCCUUGCAUGAAUUAUAAAGUUUAUUGAGAAGUGAUUUUUUCGGUUUAUUGACAUUGAACUGUGUUCUCAGGCUUUCUCACUACAAAAUAGGAUUCCCAAACAAGGUAGCAAAACAUUUUCUUCAAGCUUUUCUGAGGGCACAUUUGCUGCCUAACAGUUGAGUUGGUAAAAAAGUCUUUCUUAUCAGUGGCAAACAGGAACAGGGCCUACAUUCCAACCUUAUCAUCUAUGAACUUAUGAAGACCUACCUGCCUUACAUGGUCACCAUACAUUCUCUAAUGUAUUCCACUAACUUGGACAGAGCCAUUGUCCACACCAGAAAAUAGUAUGGUUUUCCAAAGAUAAAUGGUAAUAAUAUUUAUUUAGCCUCUUAUGUUUAAAAAAAGGGCCUUGUAUACAAGUUACAUAUAAUCAUGUCAUAAAGGAAUGCAACAAGAUCUCAGUAAUGAAAUGUCCAUCCAUGAAGAUAACCAGAGGUCAUUUUCCUAUAAAGUGUGUAAUAAUUUGUUUUAAAAACCAUGCACACAUGUCUACUUACAUCAAAACAAGGCCUUCUGUGGAAAAACAAAAGUGUGACCUUUAUUUUUCUCUUCAAGGAAAAUAGAUAGUUUGACUGUUUUGGAGCUUUAUUGUUAUUAUUGUUAGCAAACUUUUCGUGUAGGGUAUUAAAUGUUUUAAAAUAGUUUUUCAACUGUAAGAACACUAUUCCCCUGUAUGCCCUCAAAUUUUUUUCUUACACUUGUGUUUUAAAACAAUAAAUACUGGCAUACAUGAUAUUCCUGUACCUUGAGAUGGUUAAUGAGCAUAUUUAAAGGAAAAUUACAGUGUUAUCUGGGAAUUGUCAACACAUUCCAUGUAUAGCUGUUUUGUAAUUAUGUAUGUGUUGAUUAGUUUUGUUACUCAUUUAAUUAAAAAUGCAAUGUCAGCAAACCGAAAUAUUAAUUUUUAAUAACAGUACUUGUAAACCACUGUUGUGUCACUAUAAACAUGUCAGUCUCAUUGGGUCUAAGGAUUAUAACUAAAAUAACUCAAAUUUAUUUUAUGAUACUACUGUACUCUGGGGGGUGUUGGGGGUGAUAUUGUUCUUUUGUUUUUAAUCCAAUGUAUAGGUUUAGAGAGAUAGUAUAACCAUUACAUAUGAUACAAAGAAACUCAGUCAUUGGACAUGUCAAACUGUAUUAUCCUUUUCAAGUAUGCUGUUUAGAAUUGGUGGAGGUUUGACAAGUACAAAUACAAUUUUACUAAGAAUAAGGCCCAACCAUGAACAAAACAAAACUGAAUUUGAUUCCUAUAACAGGCCGACUGACUUUUAAUUGUAAUGCAUUGUAAAUGGUGUUGCACACUUGAUGAACCUGUGUGUACUGUAGAAGGUCAGGGACUUGGCAGAGGAUAUAUCCCAGGUGUACUGGUAUCAUUAAUUGGUAGCUUGCUUUGAUUAUAUAUUCCACAAAAAAUAAUGCCAAGAAAUUUUCUGAUGUUUUUACAGAAAUCGUCAUUUAAUUUAUAUGAAAUUUAAUACCAUUUAAUCAAAAUUAUAAUCUCUAUCAAGAAAUGCUUUAAGAUUCUGUAUUUCUAGAAUCUCUGUAAAGUGGCAAAAAGUAUGCCACAUUAAAUAUUUAUUUUUUCUUUGUUCUUGGAACAGCUGUUUUUAAUUUAAAUCAAAAUCCCAAUUAACAGAAUUUUAAAAAAAUUUCAGGGAAGAUAUGGUCACAUUGAAGUUAGUGUAAUGAUUUAAAUGUUUAUAAACUAUUUCCUAAAUGGUAGACCAUAGAAACCAUUUUAAUUAUAUGAAGGUAAAAUCAGCCCAUUAUUUAGGUCAUUUAAACUCUUUGUUAUCUGUGAACAUUAUACCUACUGGAUUUCAUUUUAUGAAAUGGCACAGAUCUGUCUUUGCACUGAGUAUAUUUCUCACUUUCAUCUCCUCUGCCUUAGUCAUAAUGGCAACAGUACAAAAUACUCUUAUCAAACCUCAGAAUUUGUUAGAUUUAAUUAAGCUGUUGAAUAAGUCUUAAAAAAAAUCAUACUACUGUUAAAGUGGACCAAGUUUGUUGAAGCAGAAUGUGAUAGAGGAUGAUUAAGGAAGGAAGAGCUCAAGGACAUUGGGAAUGAUAACUUUUCCACUUGAGAAUUUUUUAUGUUUUACUGUAAUUUUGUUUUUGUUUUGUUAUUUUGCAAAAGAAAAUAGUAUUUACAAGUGGCUUCUUUUAAAAUAUAAAAAUAUAAAGCAGGAAUGUAUAUGAAAUGUCAGAUUCUAUUGUAUUUGCAGAGUAUUAGCUUUGAAAUUGAAUAAAGAGAGCUGUGUGUAGUUUUAAAAUGCCAUAUUAGUUUCAAUUAGAAAUUUCCUCUAUUUUUUGAUGUAUCUAGAGCUUUUUAAGUAUAGAAUUUAAAAUGGCAGGACUUUACAGUGUUUACAUGCAAGUGCAUUUUAUAAGUGUUCUAUAUGUGUAAAAUAGUAUUUUCAACUGGAAAGUACUGGCUUGAGCACAAGGCUUGGCCUUUUCCUGGUUCCCAUGAUGAUGCCUACACUGCUAGACUACAGUUUAGUACUGCUUUGUAUCAUGAGGCCAAGAAUUUCCGUGUUGUUUGUAAAUAGAAUAAUUGAAAAGCAAUAAAAAUUUUAUUGAACAAAAGAAA